UGAAGUAAUCUUGAACAUGAUAGAACAUCCUCUGCAAAAACAAAAACAAAAAACCGAAAUGAAGGACGACAUUGGAGCAGAGCCUCCGAGGAGACGAGUUUUGGGAGCUUUUAGGAAGGCUGUCCUGCCAAUCUCCAUAACUCUUGUCAUCUUCGCAACCUUCUGCUUCACCUCCUAUAAUAUCUCCGAUUCCCUGCUUCAAUCUUUCAGCUUAAUCCCCGGCGGCGGCGAGUGUAACAUCUUCAAGGGGAACUGGGUUCCGUUCCCGGAAGGUCCGUACUACACGAAUGCCACCAAGUGUGACAUCGAGGAUCGCCAGAACUGCAUGAAGUUUGGGAGACCGGACACUGGGUUUUUGAAAUGGAGGUGGCAACCGGACGGGUGUGAGUUGCCUCUGUUCGAUGGCAGGCAGUUCUUGGAGCUUGUUCGAGGCAAGACUAUGGCUUUCGUCGGCGACUCCGUUGCUAGAAACCAAAUGGAGUCGCUCAAGUGCCUCUUGGCUAGCGUUGACCAUCCUGUGAAGGUUUCUGAUGGAGCAGUUGGGCGGUGGGUAUACAAGGAAUACAAUUUCACGCUACUUUCGUUCUGGUCGCCGCACAUAGUGAAAGCCAAAGACGCCGAUCCUCUAUGGGCUUCGGCAGACAGCCGCAUGAACCUUUACACAGAUGAAGCAGACAAGGUGUGGGCGGACGAGAUGGCAGAUGUAGACGUGGUGAUUUUCUCGGCGGGGCAAUGGUUCUUCCGCCCAUUUUUCUACUACAAAAAGGGGAAAAUCGUGGGGUGUCAUAUAUGCAACGAAACCACCAUCAAGAAGCGCAACUUUUACUUCGGAUACGGGCUGGCGUUUCGCACGGCCUUCAAGACUCUGUUAGACCAUGAAAAGUUCAAGGGGCUGGUGAUUCUGCGGACGUUCUCGCCGGCCCACUUCGAGAAUGGAGAAUGGAACAAAGGCGGAAACUGCGCGAGGACUCGGCCGUUCACCAAGGGGGAGAUGAAGCUAGAGGGGUUCAUGUUAGAGAUGUACUUGACUCAGGUGAGGGAAUUCAUGGCAGCCAAAAAGGAAGGGAGUAAAAAGGGGGUGAGGUUCAGGUUGCUCAACACCACUGAAUCCAUGGUUCUCAGACCCGAAGGACACCCCAACCAUUAUGGCCACUGGGCGCAUGAGAACAAAACCAUUGCGGAUUGUGUGCAUUGGUGCAUGCCAGGCCCCAUUGAUACUUGGAAUGAGUUUUUGCUUCAGGUGUUGAAGAUGGAAACACCACAAUAUAAAAGUACAGAUAAGUAAAUUGCAGCCUUGAAUUGGAAUUUGGAAGCCAUUAGUCUUCUUUCACUUUUAUCUGCUGUGGUUUUAUUCAUUUUACUUGUUUAGAGUGGACUGGGUUGGGGUUUAUUUGAAGUAGAAGAUGUUCAUACAUUCAAACAACUGUAAGUG